AUGACCACCUCCCACCCCACCGCCGCCAUGGCCAAGCGCACAUACCUCAAGAACGCCCUUGAUCGCGGCGAGGCCGGUAUUGGUAUGUGGCUCACCAUGCCCGGCGGCCAGUUGGCCAAGACGAUCGCGACGAUCCCAGGCUUCAACUGGAUCCUCAUCGACGCCGAGCACGGCGCCAUCACCGACGCCGACUACUACGAUCUCAACCAGCACAUCACGGCCGAGGGUAUCUCGCCCAUCAUCCGUAUCCCGGCCGACGAGCCGUGGAUGAUCAAGCGGGCGCUCGACAGUGGCGCACACGGUAUCAUGGUCCCGAUGUGUCAUGACGGCGAGCAGGCGGCACGUAUCGCCAGCGCGUCCAAGUACGCGCCGCAGGGCACCCGCGGGUGUGGUAGCCCGUUCACGCAGCAGAUCUUCGGUGUUCCAGAGGCGACUUAUGAGGCCGAGUGCAAUGCCAACCUCGUGACGAUCGUGCAGAUUGAGAGCGCGGCCGGUGUUGAAAACGUCCAAGCUAUCGCAGCCACAAAGGACAUUGACGUCCUGUUCGUCGGGCCGUUCGACCUCGCCAAGAGCAUGGACGUGCCAUUCGGCGGGGAGGAGCACGAGGCCGCCAUCGCCAGCGUGCUCAAGGCCACGCAUGCGGCCGGGAAAAAGGCCGCCAUCUUUUGCAUGGAUGGCGCGCAGGCCGCGCGCCGGAUCGACCAAGGCUUUGACGCGGCCAGUAUCGCGACUGACACGGACUCGCUCAUGCGUGAAUUUGCGCGCCAGCUCGAUGCCGUUGGGCAGCGCAAGACAAAGAAAAAUAAGGCGUAG